AUGGUUUCUGCAGAAGAAACAACUGUUGAAGAGUUACCUAGAAAUUUUGCAAAAUUUCUACCUCAUAAAAAUAAAGUUGUUAAACGUCCUUCUGUUAAAGAUUAUAUCAAACUUCAUGAAGCUAACAAUAAAAGAUUUAAUAAUGAGAUUAGUAAUGGUGAUAGCUUUAGAAAUAAAAAAAUGUAUUGGGGACGUUUCAGAUCUGUUAGUGGAUAUUAUGAUGAGGGGGAUUAUAAUGCUGAUAAUAUUAUUGUGAAAAAUGAUGGAAAACAUAAAACAUCAAAAAAACAUGGAAGAAAAUUGGGUAAAGCAUUCCAUGAUUAUGGGCAACAUCUAGAAAAUAUUAUUUCAAAGACUGUUGAACAGUUUGAAAAAGAGAGAGGAUAUAGUGAUGUAGCUAAACUAUUGAAUGUUAGUCGAAAUUAUAUGAGCGAACAUCGUGAAUUGUCAACACAAAUGGAGAAAUUGACAUUUAUGAUAUCUGAAAUAAUGCAGUCUGGAGCAUCACAAGCGCAAUUAGAAGCUGAAGUAAAAAUUUGUUGUAUACUUUCAGUUAAAAUGUGGCCAAUAGAAAAUAAAGUACCAUUAUCAACAACAAGUCUUGUUGAUUUACUUAGAAUGACUAGAUCAUGGAAAAAAAGAGCACCUGAUCGUCCAGAAACAAAACCAACAAUAAUUUUGUCACAUAAUGGAUACAGUCGUUGUGGAAUAUUUAUUGCUGCAAAUGUAUGUAUAGAUCAAAUGGACAUGGAUAGAGAGGUGGAUGUUUUUCAUGCUGUUAAAAUGAUAAGAAUUAAUAGACCUCAAUUAAUUGAUAUUAAAGAUGAAUAUAAAUAUUUGUAUGAUCUUAUGCUUCAUUGGUACAUGACAUCACCAGAAUAUAGAAUUUACGAUAAUGAUGGAGAAAGUACAAAUACAACUGAAGAAAAUACUUUUUCACUAUCUUCAAUCCAAAAAAAUGAAAAUCAACCAUUUCAAAAUACAUCAUCUACAAGAUCAAGUACCAAAGAAAGAAAAAAUUAA